CUGCCGACAAAAAGAGUUUCCCUUUGCAAUUUCUCUCUUCAUCUCUACUUCACUCUUUUUUUCAAUUUUACUUUACUCCAGUAUUUCUUGAAUCAUUUGCCUAAAUCUAUAUGGACAUGCUUUGAGAAAAACAAUUAGAGAAUGUGUUUGAAGGAAUUGCAAAAGGUGAAAUAAAAACUGAACAAGUUCUAAAUCAAGAAAUGGCAUUGAAGAGACCGAGAGAUACUCAUUGGAGUUCUAAUUAUGGUACGCUUAUUAAUUUGAUACAUUUAUUUCUUUCUGUCAUUGAUGUUCUUGAGUAUAUUGAAGAAAAUAGUAGUGAAGGGCUGAAGCAAUUGAUUUGUUAGAUAUUAUGAAUUGAUUUGAAUUUGUCUUUGUGUUGUAUCUUACAAAAAAAAUUUUAGGAAUCACACAUGAGUUAUCACAAGUUUUACAGAGAAGGGAUCAAGAUAUUGUAAAUGCUAUGAAUCUAGUUAAAGUCUCAAAAUGUCGUCUGCAAGUGAUACGAGAAAAUAGUUGGGAAUCUUUGUUACUUGAGGUAUUGGAAUUUUGUGGUAAAUAUGAUAUAGUUGUAUUAGAUGUGGAGGAUGUUUAUGUAGCUAGAGGGACAUCAAGGCGUAGAAGUGAAGAAAUGACAAAUCUUCAUCACUAUCGUGUUGAGUUAUUUUAUUCUGUGAUUGAUAUGCAGUUUCAAGAACUUAACAAUCGAUUUGAUGAAGUGAAUACAAAUUUGCUUUUAUGCAUGGCAUGUCUCGAUUCUAAGGACUCAUUUUCUACAUUCGAUACGAGCAAAUUGAUUCAACUCGCAAAAUUUUAUCCAUAUGAAUUUUCUCUAGUUACUCUAAUUAAACUUGAAUCUCAGCUUGAGAACUUUGUCUUUAAUAUGCAUAUGGAUAAGAAAUUUUCUGAAGUGAGUGGAAUUGGAGGUCUUGCUGAGAAGAUGGUUGCUACAAGAAAGCAUAUUGUUCUUCCUUUGGUAUAUUUGUUAAUCAAAUUAUCAUUAAUCUUGCCAGUUGCUACAGCCACAGUGGAAAGAGCUUUUUCUGCAAUGAAUAUCAUUAAAAGUUCACUUCGUAAUAGAAUGGGAGACGAACUACUAAAUGAUUGUUUGGUGACUUACAUUGAAAGGGAUGUAUUUGCAAGUAUUGAUAAUGAAGUUAUUAUGAAUAGAUUUCAGUCAAUGAAAAAUAGACGAGGAUUAUUGUAAUUUAAUUAUAACAGUUUAUUAAUAUUUUCUAAAUAAUCUUCUUGUCAAUUUAUAUUU